AUGAGACUUACACGAGAAGAAGAAAAAAGGCUACGAGUGUUAGAGCAAGAUGCAGAGAGUGCAUAUCCCUUCCUUGCCUCUGACGAACAAUCAUCAACUUUUAGAGACAGAGAGCUAAUAGACGAAUUGAAAUCAGCAGAACUGCUCAAGAGUCAAUAUCAAACACAGACCUCUAUCCCUCAGAAAAAGGAAACCAAGCCAUGGGUACAUUUUGUUGCAGGAGGCGUGGGAGGAACCGUGGGAGCAGUAGUGACAUGUCCGCUCGAUGUUGUUAAAACUAGAUUGCAAUCAGAUGUCUACCACAAUGUAUAUAACAAGACUAUAAAAUCUGGUAACCCAGUAAGACAAGCAUUCCAACAUUUGGCAGAGACGGGCGGAGCUUUGAGAGAAAUGUACGCCAGUGAAGGUGUGCGAUCGUUAUUUAAGGGUUUGGGGCCCAAUUUGGUUGGUGUAAUCCCAGCACGUUCCAUCAAUUUCUUCACCUACGGUACGACAAAAGACUUUUUGGUACGACACUUUAAACAGGGAGAUGAGAAGAAGGAAGAGACGUGGAUGCACCUUGUAUCCGGUAUCAAUGCUGGAUUUGUCACAUCCACAGCAACCAACCCAAUCUGGUUGAUAAAAACAAGGCUACAAUUGGACAAGUCUGGGCUGAAGGUAUACAAGAAUUCAUGGGAUUGUUUGAAAAGUAUUUUGAAAAAUGAAGGUUUCCCUAGUCUAUACCGUGGAUUGAGCGCAUCUUACCUUGGAGGUAUUGAAAGUACAAUCCAGUGGGUCUUGUAUGAACAAAUGAGGAUGUUUAUAAAUAGGAGAUCAUUACAAGUCCACGGAACAGAUCCAAAUAAUAAAUCUACAAAAGAUCAUGUCCUCGAGUGGUCGGCGAGAUCUGGAGCUGCUGGUUUAGCCAAGUUCAUGGCAAGUCUAAUCACUUAUCCUCAUGAAGUUGUCAGGACUAGGUUGAGACAAGCUCCCUUGGAAAGUACCGGUAAACCCAAAUAUACUGGUUUGAUACAGUGUUUCAAAUUGGUGUUCAAGGAAGAAGGGUUUGCGAGUAUGUACGGUGGGUUAACGCCUCAUUUAUUGAGAACAGUGCCGAAUUCGAUUAUCAUGUUUGGAACCUGGGAAUUGGUUGUCAGGCUUCUCUCUGGAGGAAACUAA